AAAAUAAAAGUUCAGUCUAAGUAGUAGUAAUUAAUUCAAUUAUUGCGUCAAAAGUGAUGAAGUCUGCAUUUGUAUUUUAGUCGGGAUCGGUAUUCAACUAAAGUCGAAAGUAAAAAAUAAAUUUCCUGUCGUGUUCCGUGCUGCGCCGCUGUUGUCCAAGAAACCGAUCGAAGUUGAUGCCUUAUUAAUAUCGACUUAGAAACUAGGGAUGGAGGAGAACUUUAGCAGGGCUGGUCGACAAUGAGUAGUGUGUCUGAUAAUCAAAGCAACUGGGAGCAGCCUAUAAGAAGUCCCAGCGUGUCUGACGAAAUUCUCUAUGAACUAGGAUAUUCCAUCAGUCCCUCUACAGAAGAAGAUGAAGCUGGGGAUCAUUUGACCACAGAGGCCACUGAUCAAACUAAGUCAAACAAAGGUUUGAUCAUUAAUGAUAGUACAUGCAUUACCAGGCUUGAUGUCAAGCAUACUAAAGAGUCGGAUAGUAAUUCUAGACUGAGAUCUGCUGAGGCCAAUAAACAGAAAGAAUACGAAGAGAUUGAUUUUCAGAUCGGCAUAGAGUCGGCAGGAACGACUUAUCCUGGACAUAAACUCAAAGACAAGAAGUAUCUGAGGAAAAUCAAGAAGAGGAAAAGACGAAAGAAGGGGACCACUUGUUCACCCACCAAACUUGAGGCCAUUUGUAGGGAGAUGUCUGGAUUGGUGGUUUCUGAGGAUGAUGUUUCUGCAACUGAAACUUCACCAGAAUCAGAUCAGAUUGAUGGAGGGCUAUUGAGGAAGCAGCAGUCAGAUGAAAGGAGUCCCAAAAGCCCAAACCCUGAAAGGCUGACAACAAAGCAAGGUAGAGAUAAAAGUAUGGAAGGAAAACCUGAAGAGAUUGAGCAGGACAAAAGUAAAAAAAUCGACGGAGAGACAAAUGAUAGAGAGCAAAACUUGUCGAGUGAUUGUUCAGCAGUUCGAUCGGUUAAUGCAUGUACUGAAAAUUCAUACCUGGAUAAAUCCUUGGUAGUGGUAGAAGAACAUGUUCCUAGUGAAAAUGGGAAUUCCAAUAUCUCCAAUAAUUGUACUUCUGAUGAUAUUCAGUCCACAUUUCCAGUGUGUUUAAAAUUGGUCCAAGACAAUGAUGAAAACAGAGAUUCUGGUGACUUGCAAGAGACAGUCAAUUUGAACGACGAUGAGAUAAUCCAGAUUCCUGGUAAAGAGAAAGAUACAGAGAACGGAAGCGCAUUUCUAGGAAAUGAAGACGUUUUGUCAUCUGCUUCAAGAGAAGAUAAAGAAAAUUCUAUUGAAAGCUCAAGAAAUUUGUUUGAAACAGUAACUAGUUUUGAUAAGGACAACGGUGAUAAAAAUACAGAGAAAAGAAACAAAUUUCAAGGAAGAGAUGACAUUUUGUCGUCUGCUUCAAAAGAUGAUGAAGAAGACCAAAUUGAAAACUCAAGAAAUUUGUUGGAGACUAGUGUUGAUAAGAAUGAGAGUGCCUGUAAGGAAUUAAACUAUGAAGAUUUGUUCGGAAAUAUUAAACAGUGUUCUAUAAAAGUCAGAAGACUUAGUGAAGAAUCCAUAGCUGUUUAUUCAGGGGGGUUAACCCCCCAAAAAAUGGCGGCAAAGCAAUCAUCAGAAAUGAUUCAUACCUCUGGCCUUUCUUGCUCCCGAGAUGAAUUGGCAUCCUCUUUAGAAAGUCCUCAGUUGGAUCAGGAAAACACAGAAAAAGUCUCAGAAGAAGUUCUGAAUGAUAAACAGAAACCUUCUGGCAGUUCUCCUGAGAAGUUUGGAAGUAUGAUUAUUAUGAAGGCUUUGUCUGUUCGGGUGCGCCGCUUGAGUGGGGACACCAUUGCAAGCUACACAAGUGGUGCAAUAUCGCCACAAAAAGCACAAUCUGAAAAGAGCGACAGCUUCAAAGCUCCGACAAGUCCAUUGAAAUCUAAAUCCAUUAAGAAGAGAUCUAUGAGGCAGUCUUCUAAUUCAGAAUAUAGUAGUAUUUCAUCAGAACCCAAAGUGAAUAAUUUUGUUAAGAAAACUGCUAAAUGUGCAAAAUUCAGUGCUAUCAAUCAAUUGCAACUACGAGAAAAAGACAAUGAAUGUUCAAGGCCACUCAGAUCAAGAGGAGAAGGAAGAUUGAAAGAGUCACCAGUAAAACAGAGAACAUUAAGAACUCAGAUGCAUGAAACUGUCAGUGAAGUUAAUUUUAGACAUAAGUCAAAUCCAAGGAAUGCUAGAAUAAAAGUGGACAAGGUGGGCAGUGGAGAUAAGUCUCUAUAUUCUCAAGUACCAGAAAAAGUACAUGGAAUUUGUCCCAGCAAUCUGUCUUCUCUGUUAAAACAAUGCACCAUUAGCCUACAGAAAAUUGAUUGUGAUGAGUCAUUUACAAAAGUUAUAGAAAAUCAAAGAUCGGAUGGUGGCAAGAAAAUUAGUGGAUCAGAUAUUUUCAAAAUCCCCUUGGCACCUAAAUUAUACCAAGAAAUGCAAAGAUCGGGGAGAAAUUCCAGGAGGAAUGCAAGUUCUUCAUCAGCAGGAAGGCCAAGAAGGGAAGCAAAACAGUCUCUUGAAACAAUGAGUGAAGUUAACACACAUGGCAAGUCUGUAAGUGUUCAUUCCUGGCAGGAAAAAUUCAUGAAAUCCAUGAAUAAACCUUUAUGUUCCAGUAGUUCUUCUGAAAAAGUCAGAAAAGAUGCAUGUUACUCAUCAGAGUCAAAAAGAGGGUCAUUGAGAGAAAUGAAGUUAAAUGGAGGUUGUCAUGAAAAUGUCAGCUUAGAGAUAGCUGGUCAUAAGACAGAGAGAAAAAAGAAAAGGAAUGGAAGUAGUUGUCAUGAAGCUUUGAAAUCCAGUCAGUCAUCACGCAUAAAACUCUGUAGUGUACGUGUUCGAAGGUUAAGUGGCGAUACUAUUGCAAGUUACAUAAAUAAAACGCCAGGAAUGUUCGACAAGAUCGUGAAAAACCUGACCAGAAGGUCUGAACAGAAUUCAGUCUUAAAGACCGAGAAUCAGAGAAGAGAAGAAUUAAACAGUGUGUCAGAUUUUCGUGUUCCCUCACUACCUCCAAGAAAAAGGAGGAAAAGUGGAGACUCCUUGUCUAGUUUGUCCAAGUGGAGCACAAGAAGACAAACUCUGAAGACUACUAGAACUAACUCCAGAAAAAGUCAGAAAAGAAAAUGGAUAGACCAGGGGAGUGAGGAUAGUGAGUCUUCUGUACGACCCUGCAGUGUAAAGUUGUCACGGUUAGAUCCAGACUCUGUAUCACACUGCGGACACAACUGGAUGCAUAGUGGGGUGGCCAACAUGCCCAAUCAGAUUCACAAUCCUGCCUUAAAUGUUAGCAACUUGGACAAAGUUGUUGAUGAUGAGUUGUACUGUCUACGGAGGUUCUUACAAGUUCCCCCAUUGGCUGAAUCAAAAGUUGCAGGAGAUACCAGCAAAGUUGCAGAGAAACAAGAACUUCCAAAACUAAAGGCAUGCUCAGUAAUAUUAAAAAGAAUAACCAGAAAACAAAACUUGGAGCCGGUGAAUAUUAAAAAGGUGAUCGCUAAACAGCUAGCAGAUAAUGUAGAGUUUUCUUCCGGAAGUGGAUCAGAUCAUGAAGUGGAGGAGGAAUCCAUGAACAUAAACAAGCUUCUCUUUGCUCUUAAAGACCCUGCCAAUGGGAGAGAAGAUGGUGUAAGUAAAGAAGUACAAAAGGAUAUGGCGUCCACAAAAAAACCUGAGGAUCAAAACAGUGAAACAUCAACAAAGACUGAAGAAGUUGAGAUGAGUAAAAACGAAGGGGAGAAUACUUCUAAAGGCUGUACUACACCCGAGACAGAUGAAGUUCUACAGAAUAUUCAUUCUCCAUGCAGUGGUAAAGGCAAUGGAGAACAAGAUAAAGAAAAUGCACCAGAUGAAGGAGGAUCCUCAGAAGGAUGCAGAUCAGAGCCAGAUAUUGGUUUGAAUUCUUUUUUUGUUACAGAAAAUACUACUGAAGAAUCGGUCCAGCAUGGCUGCGGAACUGAGCCCCAUGCAGUCAGUGGAGACCAAAAUACGUCUGCUGAGACAUCAGGUGAGGAACAGAAAGCUAUGAAUGAAGUUACACAAAAUCUCCUGCUGCUGGAGAAUAAGCACCAAAGCAGAAAGCCUGAGUCGGACAUCUGGAGUGAUAACCUUCCUGAUAUUGAAUUGGAUGAGUCUUCUGCUAUGGAGGAAACACAGCAAAACACAAGUAGCAAAGACUACCUCAAGAGUUUGUCCUGUGUUAGUGUGUACUCUGACACCAACACAUCUUCACACCACGAAGAUGGAGAACGGACCAGUAAAACAAGGAUUGAUCUAUGUAAAGACUACUUCCAGAUCUUAAAUACAACAAAAAGUUGUAGUGUAAGGUUGCAGAGAGUUGAUGUGAGGCUCAAUUUAUGAGCUCAACUCUUUUUGUGGUGAAGCAGUUUUUAUUCAUGUAAUUUGAAGUGUGUGAAAGAAACAUGUUAUGUACUAAUCGUUAAGUGUUGACUUGUUCAAAGGAUCUAGGAGUGUAUUGAUGCAAUGCUAUAAAAUUGUUGUCUAUUAAAGCGAGGAAAAAAAUAUUUCCUUUUACAUAUACAUGUUCAUGUAAUGAUCAUGAUCACUUCUGUUACAUGUAAAUUAAUGCAACAAUGAAGAAAUAGUUGUUUUGUAUGUAGAACUUUUUGCAGAUGUGUCCAAACCAUGUACCAUUCAUUCGAUGGGAAAAAGUGAGAAAUCAUGUCUAUUAUGUAUUUUAAGAAGUGUAAAGAUUGAUAUAAAAAUCAUCAUGCAUUAGAACAUUGAUACAUGAAAACUCUGCAAAAUGUUAACAAUUGUUGGUUUAUACUUAAAUCAUUAUUGAAGAUCUUUAAAUGUUUUCAUUUGUUUUUAUUUUUUCCCAGAUUGUCUUGAAUGUUGUCAAUUAUUUUUUGUUUUUUUUAAAGAUUUUUUUCUUAACUGGAAAUUUGUUAAAAUUUUUCCCAAGUUUAUUUUGUUUUGUUUUUUUAUAUUUUCAUCUUCAUGUUUUUUACUUAUAUUUCAUAUCGUGCCAUUUCUUUUAUUGGAACGCCAGUAUUGGUACUAAUGUUUGUUGUGUAGCGGGCUAGCAGCCAUGUAUUGUGCAAUCCAGAAGUGAGUCAAGACCAUCCAAAACAAACCCCAUCCAAGUUUAUGUUUAUAUUUUUAUUAAUAUCAACUUAUUGAUUUGCAAUAACUCAUAGGCCUCUGUAAAACCAGUUACAAGCGUUGUUUGAAAUGCCUAAAAUGAUUUCAUUUAAACGAAUUUUUAACAAGUUGAAAAUUUUUAGUAUGCACUACAGGUGCAGGCAGGUCAACUAGAGACCCGAGUUAUCUCUCUUUUUAUAUGAGGAAGUGUGUUCGUUCCUGCUCCCGUGCUCUAUACAGCAAUUUUUGGAUUGCAUUUUGAUGGAUUUAUUAGUUUUUUUAUUUCAGUUGUUUUCAGAUAGGUGCUGCUAUACUUUGUGUGAUAAUCUGAAAACUUGUUAAUGUUUCUCAUUUUCAGUUAUGUUAUUACUCACUAGUAUUUUGUUUUUUAAUGUUUUUAGAAUGAUUUAAUGAUACAAAGUAUAAUUAUAAUAGGUCAACAUUUGAAGAAUAGUGGGAAUACAUGUAUAUUUAAGUGUAAUUGCUUGUUUCAAGUUUACUUUCUCAUUAAAAUAUGGCAUCUGUGAA